GUCACAAGCCAACUCUAGGUGCGGAGUCUCUUCAUCAGACGCCCGCGAGUCAUCCACAGUCAGUACAGGAAGGUUAAAGGGCUGAUAGUGUGCUGCUGUAAUUAAACUAACGGGCAGCAAUACGUUAAAUAGAUACCCAGACCUUUAAACUCCAUGGAACAACGAGAAGUAAAAUCCAACGCGUGAUUGUACAGGAAAAAAACCCAGUAAUUAAAGAAAAUGUCACUGUUUCCAGCCUAUGCCAACAAAAUCGACCAACAGUCAGAAGCUUCAUCAGCGUCCUUGGCUUGGUUGACAAAUGAGAGUUGCCCCCCAGAAGCAGGACAGCAACAAGUGAAGCAGCCAUUGCCAAGUACUCAAUCAGAAGAUGCAGAAAAUGUAGAGAAAUUUGAUGAAAGUUUGGAAGAAACAGAGUCAGCACAGCUCCAAAGAUCCAAAUUUUACGACAAAGAACUAAAGACGGAGAAAAUAGAGAAACAGAUAGACAAUAGAACACAGGCUACCACCAGCACUAACUCAUCACAUUCUAGGUCAAAAUCUAAACGGUCUAAGUCAAGAGUGCGUAGACCUGAUAAAAAACGAAAGCCACACCCCAACAAGAGAUUUGAAGAAAUGAUGGUCAAGAAGAAGAGCAUCUUCCUAGAGGAUCUCGGUGGUCUGGUAAAUCCCGAGAAUGCCUUUUUCAUCACGACAGAAGGUGACAGAUACAAUGCAUAUUGUAAAACUACGCAUCACACAGAGUUAGCAAGGUACAAGAUUAGCGCUCAAGGAAAGCUUGGAUAUGUUCCUCCACAGAAGAAAGAUCGUGUUCUGAAAUCACGACCUGGGCCCCGGUACUACAGAGGAAGAAAACAUAAAAAGAUAUAUUCUGAACCUGAAGCACUUAUAGCAACAUCCAAGGAAAACCCUGUAACUGAAAAAAACUCUUAUGGUUAUGUACCACUUGGGUUGACCUAUGCAGAGACAGUCAAAGAAGAGAAACUCCUCCAGAAGUCAGAAGUAAAUCCCCUGGGAAUAUAUGAUAGUAUAACAGAACAGUAUUUGUUAGGUGUAGGAAUUCCCAAACAGGAGGAAAGUGUACAAUGUAGCCAAGAAAUGGAGUAUGAGUAUUGGCAGAACCAGUCAAAAGUGUACAAUGAGAGACUUAGCAAAGAACCCUCCAAUGUUUCUCUCUGGCUUGAGUUUGUGAAAUUUCAAGAUAAAGCUUAUAUAUAUCUGUUUCAUGAUGAUUCACAUAAGACUACUACUACAAAGAAGCACGGGAGGAAUCAGAAAGCUUUAGCCGAGAGGAAGAUUUCCAUUUUAGACAGUGCAAUAAAAAAGAACUUUAGAUCUGUAGAGUUACAGUUUGAACGUUUGGAAAUUGGUAAAGAUAUUUGGGAUGACAAAAAACUCAAACAAGAAUGGAGUACUUUGAUAUUCAAUUUCCCCAAUAAGAUCCAAGUUUGGCACCAGUAUCUGGUUUGUAUGCAGACCCACUUUACCUCCUUUAGUCUGCCAUCAGUGGUGCAAACAUUUUCUAAGUGUAGUGAAAGAUUGCAACAAAUGCAGAGUGGUGUAUUCUUGACCCACUCUCCACCUCCUGACCUGGGGAAAUGCUUAGUGGAUAUAGCUGUCCAACUUGCACAUGUGUGGCGUCAAGGAGGACACAUGGAGAGAUCGAUUGCUCUUUUCCAGGCACUCAUAGAGCUGAAUCUCUUUUCUCCAAAGCAUGCAAGCACCAAGGAUAUACCAUUGGAAUCAAGGUUAACACUCUUUGAACCUUUCUGGGAUUCAAGAGCACCAAGAUUUGGUGAGGUGAAAGCUGUUGGAUGGGCCAAGGUUAUGGAGAAAAAAGAGCAGGUGAAAUAUCAAGAAGUUAUAUUAGGUGGGACAAAAGAUGAAGAAGAUGACUUCAUAGCUCAAGGUGGCACAACAUCACGGUUAUGGUUGGCCCUCGAGACCUCCCGAGAAAGACGUCAUUGGUUGCCAUGGGCACAAGACCCUGAGGAUUGUGAGGACCCCGAGAGGAUGGUUCCUUUAGAAGAAUUAUCUCCCCAUCUUUUCAUGUUGAAUUCUGUAGAGGACCACUACUACCUUAUACUUCAGUUUCUCAAAUUUCUUGGUGUACCUGAUACUAAAACCUUCAUAUUGCGAAGACAAACAUUGAGCAAAAGUCAGAAAAAUAACAAGGUUGAAGAAGAUGAUGAUGAUAAUAGUGAAACUGUUUUUAAGUCCCAAGUUAUUGAAACUCUCUUUGAUGCAGAUUUAUUUGGAACUAAUUUACACUCCAUAAAAGAUAAUGUAAAGAGUGAGAUUCUAAAUUUUGAUGCUGUUGGUCCAUCUCUUGAGGACCCUUUAUGUGAGGAGUAUUAUGAGUUCUUAUGUAGAGUAGUAAAACAGGCAUCUGAUGUGUUCGAACUAUCAUAUAGAACACAGUUGACAGUUUUGCACAUGAAACUCAUCGGUGCAUGGUAUUUAGUUAAGCAGAAAAUUAUCAGUGACAAAAUUGAACUUAAGAGGUCUAAUAACCAGUUACAGAAGGUACUAAAAAAUAUAUUUAAGUUAAAUGAAUUUAGGAUGUGCCUUCCUCUCUAUCUGGAGUAUGCAAAAAUAGAAGAAGCCAGGAAUGACUUGGAAAAUGCUUCUUCUAUUCUCUCUUCAACACUGUCUAUUGCUACGGCUACUGGUAAUGCGAUGGAUAUUACCAACACAGAUUUUCCCACUAUUAUGGAACUUUAUGCCUUGUUCAUCCAAGUAGAGAUGAAGCAAGAGGCACGAAUUGGUUUUUUUAAACACAAAAAUAACAUCAUGUUUUCCCUAUAUUCAUUAAUUAAUACAGGAAAGUUUUCACAAAACAAGGGAUUAUCUCUUUAUGGUAAGCGCGUCAUCCAAACCAAGAAUAAACUAAACGAUAUGUUAGACUUGCACUGUGAUUCUUUAACUGUGAAUUAUGACACUAACCCUGAAAAGAACAUGGAACAAUUUCUGGCAGUUAAACUAGUAAGUUUUCUGGCCAUUUUCCAGUUGUUCAUGGCAGGCUUUAAACCUGCCUGUUUGAUUUUUGAAACCAUUAUUAAGAAAAUCAAAGGUGUAUAUACAAACCCAGUUCCUCUUCAGCUGCAGCAUAUUUUAUUGCCUUCAGAAAGAGUUGCCAAUGCUAUGGAGACACAAGAGAAAAACGAAACUAAUGCAUACAAGAAUAAAGUGCUGGAGAAAAUAUAUGAGAAUUACCUUUGGUUAAUUGAGGUGUCAUCUCAAGUCCUGAGUGACGCCAUGAUGUCUCCAGCGACUCUGAGGGAAAUAAUUAUGUCGGCUUUAAGAGUUGCUCCAGAAAACCAAAGAUUCCUCUUACUUCUUGCUCAGCACCAGAAUUGGCGUGACCUCCUUGGUGGACUAGAGAACCUUCCUCAGAGAAAUUCUUCCAUCGCUGUGCUGUUGUCGCAGGUCUUCCCACACAUCCAGAAAACCAUCACACUCAUUGCCCAAACAUAUGAAGGGGCUCUCAGUUGUGGCCAUCGCUUAGAAAGUAUACUUGAAAAGGCAGUGAGUCAGCCCCCAGGGAAUCACUGUCCUCUCAUGUGGAGGCUCUACUUAGCUGUGGUUGCUGCCACACGACCAGGGGGACUGAAGGACCUAGUAUACAGGGCACUUUCUCACUGCCCUGGUGUUAAAUCUGUAUACCUGGAUUGUGCGCGUCUCAUGCCAAGUAUGCUGAAGGAGAUCAUGAACCUGCUGUCAGAAAAAGGCCUGAGGGUGAGGUUACCCUUGGAAGAGUUACAGGUUCUCACAGAAAUAGAGUUGGAUUUGGAAGAAGAACCUGAAGAAGAUGUAAUUACUAGUGAUUUGAAAGGAGACUGUGCAGAGGAUGCAAUUACUAGUGAUUUGAAAGGAGACCCUCUGAAGGAUGCAAUUACUAUUGAUUUGGUAGGAGACCCUGCAGGGGAUGCCAUUACAGGUACUAGUGAUUUGGAAGGAGACCCUCUGAAGGGUGUAUUUUUCAUUGAUUUGGAAGGAGACCAAGACAAUGGUGAUUAAUACAUAAAUUCAAGAUUUAUUUCAUAGCUGAUAAGGUAGUUAAUCCUUAAACCCCUUCCGCAUUAUUAAGCUGUAGAAAUCUUGUCCUCUUGCUGCCGUCGAUCCUGCCAUAUUAGGUUUAGAGUUUAAUAAAGUUUCAGGAUCAACAAGUUAUAAUAGUUUUUGGCUGUGCAUGAUGUGGUGACCAAGACAGCCCAGCAGGAAUGGGUCAAGGAACUGCCAAACUCUCUGACUAUACAGUACCUAUUAUCUGCUUUUUUGUGGCAAUAGUUUAAAGUACAGUAUCAAGUUUACUCAUGUAUGUGGUAUUAAUAUUGGGAUAUUUAUGGUUUUUUAAUUAAAGUUUUGAAUUAGA